UGAGGCCCCUCCCCACUACAAUUUCACGAAUAUGUGAGCGCACACCGCACGUUCCUAAGGUUAAAGGAAAGGGGGUUUGCGCCGCUAGUAGGCACUAAUUUCCGCCGAGGGCAAGAGGAGAGCAGAGCAGCGACGCAGCGGUAAGAUGCCGGCGACCACGACGGUAGUGGGAGCCCUACUGGGGCUGGGCACGCAGCUGUACUCCAACGCCCUUCGCAAGCUUCCCUACAUGCGGCACCCAUGGGAGCACUUGCUGGGGAUGGGGCUUGGUGCCAUCUUCGUGAACCAGCUCGUCAAGUGGGAUGAGAAGUUCAGGGAGGAUCUCGACAAGUUGCUCGACAAGGCCAAGGCCGCAAACGAGCGCAGAUACUUUGAUGAUGAUGAAGAUUAGUGCUUUGAGAGCUAUGGUUUGCCAGUUGUUUGUUUGCAACAUGGGGGCAGGACUCUCGUAGGCAUUAUUACAUCUUUCUUUUUGAAAAUUGCCAUAUCCAGCAGUGCUCGUGCAACAAUUUAUCGUACACUCAAUCUCUACUGUGUGUGAAUUUAAGAUCUUGUUUAAAAAUAAGCUGUGGGUUCACAGAAUUUUAAUUAAUUAAUGGACAGCUAUUGCCAGCAGAAUGGUUUUUCAAUGCU